AUGCUGCGGCGUUUCGCGCCAUGUGCACUGCGAGCCGCAGCAGAACAGUCAUCAUGUUCUCACCGGAAUUUAUCCACGAAUAUCGACCUUUCACAUGAAAAACCGCUACCAUUUCAACUGGAGCAUGUACAGCAACGUUUGGUGGAAACUGUGCCAUACAUGUUCAAGACGAGGCUAGAUUAUACGUUCUAUCGAAAAGAUGUUUUCUGUGAUGAUCAAAUAUUUGGCAUCAAAAAGUAUGGCCUUGAUCAAUUCAUGAGUCAUAUCGGGCUGAUAAGUGUCAUAGGGCAAUUCACAGUGCCACAUAUUCAGAUGGAGACUGUCAGUGUCAUACCGGUCAUUGAAGAUGGCACGGUACGGUGUCGCUGGCGAGUGAAUUAUGUGUCACUUCCACGGCUCAUCAUGAAUCCUCGGUUGUUUAAAUUUGAUUACCGUAUGAAAAAUCUUAGUUGGUAUGAUGGCUACUCCGUGUUAACAGUCGACGGUAAUGGCCAUGUGUUUAAAGUCACUUUACAAAAGACCCAACGGGAUGAAGGUAUGUUAAUAGACGAGAAGAGUGCUAAGGAUAAAUUGGCCGAGAAAAUAGCAGUUUUCCGGCCCGGUCCUGCGACCACAAAUUUCGUACCUCGGCGGCGACCUAAAGAUGAGCCAAAUGGACAUUGUUGA